AUGAGCAAAUCAAAUGAGAAAACCACCAAUACUCCUCGAAGUCGACGACAAGUAUUCACAGGAACUUUCAUCCACAGCAAGAAUCUGACGGAAUUGGAGAUUUUGCAUAAUACAUACGUGUAUGUGGAUGAAUAUGGUGUUAUUGUUAGGAUUACGAGUUCUGAUCUUGAGGGGAGAGAGGGAAGAGAGGGGAUGCAGGAGGAUAUGAAGGAAUUGGGCUGGGAUAGGGAGGAUGUGGAGUAUACCCACAUCCACGCGCCCCAAUACCCCAACAGCGGACUCUUCGGCAGUUCCACCCUCCUAAACUGGCUCAACACCUACACCUUCCCACUCGAAUCCUCUCUCUCCUCCCUCCCCAAAGCCAACACCAUCUACAGCCGCAUCAUCCAACGCACUCUCUCCCACGGCACCACCACCGCCGCCUACUACGCCACGCUCCACGUAGCCGCUACCAAUCUGCUCGCUGAUCUCUGUUUACACCACGGUCAACGCGCUCUCAUCGGAAGAUGCUGCAUGGAUUCUUCUUCUGGCGCCAACCCCCCCUAUUAUCGCGAUGAAAAUGCUCAGCAGAGUCUCCAGCGAACCAUGGAUUGUAUAUCGCACUGCGAGAAAAUCGAUCCCGAUCGAGCUCUCAUAACCGCAAUCCUAACCCCGCGCUUCGCACCCAGCUGUACGCGCGAACUCAUGCUAUCACUAGGAAAGCUUUCCCACGAAAAAAACCUCCCCAUCCAAACGCACAUAUCGGAGAACCGAGCCGAAGUCUCCUGGGUACGGGAGUUAUUUCCCGAGUGUGCGGACACGGGGUACGCGGGGGUUUAUGAUGCCUAUGGAUGUUUAACGCCACGCACGAUACUGGCGCACGCGGUGCAUGUUUCGGAGGGAGAGGUUAGGCUUAUUAGGGAGAGGGGGAGUGGGAUUGCGCAUUGUCCGGUUUCGAAUAGUGCGUUGAGGAGUGGGAUGGCGGGGGUGAGGGGCUGGUUGGAUGGGGGGGUUAAGGUGGGGUUGGGUACGGAUGUUAGUGGGGGGUUUAGUGCGAGUGUGUUGGUGGCGGCGAGGGAGGCUAGUUGUGUUAGUAGGUGUGUGGCUGCGGGGGUGGGGGGUGUGGAUGGAGAGGGGAGUGGGGGUGGGAGUGGGGGAAGGAAGGGUGAGGAGAGGGAUGCGUUGAGUGUAGAGGAAGUGUUAUAUUUGGCGACGAGGGGAGGAGCGGAGGUAGUGGGGAUGCAGGAGGUGAUUGGUGGAUUUGAGGUGGGGAUGCAGUGGGAUGCGCAAUUAGUUGGACUGGGGAAACCGCUGAUGAGGAAAAAUGAUGAUGGGGAUGGGGGGUGGGAGGAUAAUAUUACGGAGGAUAAUAUUAAAGAGGAAGUGGGUGCUGAGGAUGUUGUAGGUGCGGAGGAAACAGGACCAGUAGAUAUAUUCGGCUGGGAAACUUGGGAAGAGAAAAUUGCAAAGUGGGUUUUUAACGGCGAUGAUAGGAAUACGUUGAAGGUUUGGGUUAAGGGGAGAUUGGUGCAUCAGAGGAGGGGUGGUGUUGCUUUGUAA